GUCAGUCUCAGUUCUGUCUUCUGUUCAACACAACAUCCCUCUAGCCCAGUGCCACCACAUAGGGAGACCAAAACAGCACAAGCUGGACUGGGAAAUAGUUUUGUUCAAAUCCAGUGGCCACAUACCAAGUGCUGUUGAAAGAGACAUGUCUGGAGAAAUGGUUGAUUUUGAAGAUUUUGAGGAUUUUUUAGGAUUACAUUUUUGGAAUGAAAGUGCUGAUAAUGUGACUCACCCCAAAUCCCUGAAUGCGGUACCAAUUGUGCUCUAUAGUCUGACAUGUCUCCUGGGCAUCCCUGGCAAUGCCUUUGUCAUAUGGAUCGCAGGGUUCAAGAUGAAGAGAACAGUCAACACCAUCUGGUUCGUGAAUUUGGCCAGUGCUGACUUCCUCUGCUGCUUGUCCAUACCCUUUUCCAUUGUGGAAAUAGCCUUGGACUAUCACUGGCCCUACGGCAACGUUUUAUGCAAAGUCCUUCCCACUGUCAUCAUUCUCAACAUGUUUGCAAGUGUGUUCACACUGACCCUGAUCAGCCUGGACAGGUUCGCCCUGGUCAUCAAACCUGUUUGGUCUCAGAAUCACCGCAGCACGGCUCUGGCCUCCGUAUUGUGCAUAGCAGCAUGGUGCAUGGCAUUGGCUCUCAGCUUACCAUCCAUGAUCUACAGAGAAGUUCAUACCGAAGCAUCUAAUGACAUAUGCACAUACGAUCAUAGUAGUGCAGGAAGCUCCGUUGUCAAAAGCAUCCACGUCACCAGGUUUGUGUUUGGAUUUCUUCUCCCUCUCACCGUCAUCAUCAUAUGCUAUUCACUCAUCGCGGGGAAGGUGAGCAGAAGCUCUUUCUCCAAAUCUCAAAAGGCUUUCAGGAUCAUUCUUGGGGUCAUCGUGGCGUUCUUCGUGUGUUGGCUGCCAUAUCACAUUGUUGGACUACUAAUGGAGUAUGGAGGGGACAUUGCUACCUCUCCGAUGAUGGGGUUGCUUGAUCAACUGUCUGUCAGCUUGGCUUAUAUCAACAGCUGUCUCAACCCCCUACUAUAUGUGUUCAUGGGCCAAGACUUUAAAGAGAAGGUCAAGCUUUCCCUUAGACGUGUCCUUGAGAACGCCUUCAGUGAAGACAUGACACGCUCCACAGUGCACUCCAGAGGACAACAAUCACGGACCACAGGUUCAUCUGAAGCACAAUUUUAAAACGCCAUGACAAAUGAAAAAUACUAAAACAUUUGCCAUCUUCUACCAUUGCCAAUGGAAUGCCCUACCGCAAUGCUUUUGGUGAGUGGAGCAUAAACUAGGACAAUGGAACAUCACUACAUAGUGAUAAUAGUUUUCCUACAGUUAUUAUAUUGGCAUCUCAAAUAAAAGAAUCAUAACCAUAAAACCAAGGUCGGGACUCCCUAGUGCCUCAUUCAGCAUGGGUCUCAUAUCAAGUUCCUGCUGCACUCUAAGGCUAACAGCUGACAAUGACCAGAACCCAACAAUGGUGUAGUAUUCAUACAAUUGGUGCCCAUGUCACUGUGGUGCACUGUGAGACCUGCUAGUUGAAAAAUGGCUGUUGGAUUCAUGUGAGAAAAUCAGAGGAUCACAGUUGUCUCACUUCAGAGUUGCCACGGUGACUUUUUAGUGGUCAGAAUAUGAAAACAGCCCUGGUUUGUUAGUGUGUAAUUUCCUCCUCCCUCUCCUCUUGGAUGUGUUUACACUCUUACACUGACACUGUCACACUUAGAAUAUCACACAAUUUUAUGCUUGCAGAGACAAUUAAGUAAGCAUCACGAACGCCUACACUUAGAUGCUAUUUCAAGAGCUGAUGGUCAAUCCACUUUUCAGCAAUAUGUAGUUUUCCUUUUUCCCCUUUUUCAUGAAUGCCUUUGUCAAUUAUUUGUACCGUAUAUAACAGGCAAUGUAACUAUGAAUAAGUGUCAGUCUUACUUCAAUCCACUGCACUCAUGGGAACAUGUAUUGUCCAAAUGUUUUUUCUCUUUGCUUUUAUAUUAACUAUCCUUAUGA